AUGUCCUUCGCCAGAGCCGCUUCCCUUCGUUCCGCCCUCCGGGUCUCGGCGCGCCGGACGAUCCGCCCCGAAUUCAGUCCCCGGUUCGCGCAGAGGACCUACGCGAGCCAACACGGCGCCGCGAAGCCCCAGAGCGAGCUCCCUCUUGCCCUCGGCUCGGCGCUCGUCACGGUGGCCGGCCUGGCGGUGAUCCUGCCAUGGGGAGAGAAGCCCAAGGAGCACGGCCACGACGCUCACGGCAAGGACGAGGAGAAGCACGAGGAGCCCAAGGAGGAAGAGCCUAAGGAGGAGGCCAAGAGCGAGGAGAAGUCUGAUGAGAAGCCCCAGGAGGAGAAGAAGGAGGACUCCAAGGACGAGAAGAAAGAGGAGAAGUCUGACGACUCUGAGAAGUCUGAAGAGAAGCCUAAGGACGAGAAGAAGGACUCCAAGGAGGACUCCAAGGAAGAGAACAAGGAGGAAAAGUCCGAUAACAAGAAGCCCGAGGAAGAGUCCAAGUCUGAAGAGAAGAAGGACGAUUCCAAGGAAGAGAAGAAGGACGAUUCCAAGGAAGAGAAGAAGGACGAUUCCAAGGAUGAGAAGAAGGACAACUCCAAGGAAGAGAAGAAGGACGAAUCCAAGGAAGAGAAGAAGGACGACGACAAGAAAGAGGACGAGAAGCCUGAGGAGAAGAAGGACAACUAA